CGCUGCAUUUCUUACAUUGUCGAGUUUUGUGUUGAUCCAUCUUUGCAAUGCUCCGCCUAGAGACUGAUGUGUGCUAAUUUCAUCUUCCUGUCCUCUCCUAGACCGGUUCCCUGACCAUACAAGCAUCUCGCGAGAUGGCGGCCAACAUAAACGUGCAGCCGUCGCUAGACGAGAUCCAUACACUACUAGAACGAUCAAAGAAGCUGUCGAAGCCUCCCAACCUCUUCCCAGUCUGCGCCUCGAUCUCCUCCGAGUUCCUGACUCCCUCCGCCAUCUACCUCAAGAUCGCCGCCAGCUCCAACAGCAACUUCUCUUUCCUCUUCGAGUCCGCCGCAACCUCCGAGACGAUUGGUCGAUACAGCUUUAUUGGCGCUUCUCCCCGCAAAGUCCUCCUCUCCGGCCCCAAACAUGGCCUCGAGGCCGAUCCACUUCCUCGCCUCAAUGCCGAACUAUCCGAAUACCGUGUCGCCCAGGUGCCGUCUCUACGCCUUCCACCUCUCACAGGCGGAGCGAUCGGGUACGUGGGCUACGACUGCGUCAAGUACUUCGAGCCCAAGACCAAGAGAGAGUUAAAAGACAUUGUCGAGGUGCCCGAGAGUCUCUUUAUGCUCUGCGACACCGUGGUGGCCGUGGAUCAUUUCUUCCAAAAGGUCACCGUCAUCGCAUACCUUCACCUCCCCGACAUCAAUUUGCCGAAGUCGAAUCUGGAGCAGGCAUACACCGCCGCCCGUCAAACCAUUGCCGACCUCCUCCGUAUUCUCAAAACCCCCGGCAUUCCCCUCCCUCCACAACCCCCAAUUCAGCUCCAACAAGAAUACACCUCCAACAUCGGCCGCAACGGCUACGAAGCGCACGUCACGCGACUGAAAAAGCACAUCGUCGCCGGCGACAUCAUCCAAGCCGUGCCAUCGCAGCGCAUCGCGCGCCCCACCACCCUCCACCCCUUCAACAUCUACCGUCACCUCCGCACCGUCAACCCCUCCCCCUACCUCUUCUACCUCGACUGCCAGCACUUCCAAAUCGUCGGCGCAAGCCCCGAAGUCCUCGUGAAAGAAGAAGCAGGCCGCAUCAUCAACCAUCCCAUAGCAGGAACCAUCCGCCGCGGCGGCACACCAGAGGAAGACGCCGCCCUAGCCGCCACACUCCGCCAGAGCCUCAAAGACCGCGCCGAGCACGUCAUGCUCGUCGACCUGGCGCGCAACGACGUCAACCGCGUCUGCGACCCGCGCUCCACCCGCGUCGACAAGCUCAUGGUCGUGCAGAAGUUCUCCCACGUGCAGCACCUCGUGUCCGAAGUCAGCGGCAUUCUCCGCCCGGGCAAGACGCGCUUCGAUGCUUUUCGCUCCAUCUUCCCCGCUGGAACGGUGUCUGGUGCGCCCAAGGUGAAGGCGAUGGAACUCAUUGCUGAGCUGGAAGGCGAGACGAGAGGCAUUUACGCCGGCGCCGUCGGGUAUUUCGGAUACGAUUCUGUGGACGUCACUUCAGGCGAGGAGAAAGAAGGUGCCAUGGACACGUGCAUUGCGCUGCGCACGAUGCUCAUCAAGGGCGGGACGGCGUUUUUGCAGGCGGGCGGCGGGAUUGUGUUUGAUUCGGAUGAGGGCGAGGAGUAUGAGGAGACGCUGAACAAGCUGGCGGCGAAUAUGCGGUGCAUUGAGCAGGCGGAGGUGUUGCAUUGGGAGGAGCAGCAGGCUGGGGGCGCGGCGGCGAAGGUUAGCGUUAAGGAUGAAGGGGCUUGGAGGGAGACUAAUGGGGCGACGGCUAAGGUUGAUCUUGUUGGUUGAUAGAGAGAAAUGAGAGAAUGU